AAAUCCAAAUCGCAAGCACUCCUCGAAGCUUUUUAGAUCAUCUUUGCAGUCACCGAUUUCAGUCUACCCAUCACUAUGUAUGCCAAGCUGGUGUUGCUCUUUUCUGCUGUGGCAAUAGCUCAUGGCACUAGUCUCCUUGGAUCUGGACUUCUUGCCCCAGGGCUCAUCAAUUCCGGAUUAGUAGCUCCAGGAAUUGUUGCUCCUGGGAUUAUUGCUCCCGGACUUGUUUCUAAUAGGGUUAUUGCUCCCGGACUGGUUGCUCCUGGAAUUAUUGCUCCUGGCAUCGCUUUGAAAGGUGCUCCUCUGCUUUCGGCCAUUCCAUCUGCAAUCUCCACUAGCUCCAUCGUGGCUACUCCCGGUGCCAUCACCACCGACAAAAGAAUAAUCGGCACCAGUGGCAUAAUCGCCGGAGCUCCUCUUGUGUACAAUAAUGGUCUUCUUGCCAAGGGAGUUGCUGUGCCUGCCCCUCUGAUGUGGAACAAUGGACUCGGAAUUAAAGGAGGAGUUUUGGCUGCUCCAGCUGUUGUUAAACUGGUGUUGCUCUUUUCUGCUAUGGCAAUAGCUCAUGGCACUAUGGUUGCUCCUGGAAUUGUUGCUCCUGGCCUCCCAUUGAAAGGUGCUCCUCUGCUUUCAGCCAUUCCUUCUGCAAUCUCCACUAGCUCCGUCGUGGCUACUCCCGGUGCCAUCACCACCGACAAAAGAAUCAUCGGCACCAGUGGCAUAAUCGCCGGAGCUCCUCUUGUGUACAAUAAUGGUCUUCUUGCCAAGGGAGUGGCUGUGCCUGCCCCUCUGACGUGGAACAAUGGACUCGGAAUUAAAGGAGGAGUUUUGACAGCUCCAGCUGUUGUUAAAACCAUCUGGAAAUAA